AUGAGUGCUAACGGAAUACCCAUAAAGCUACUGACAGAAUCCCAGGGACAUGUCGUGUCAGUGGAACUCACCACAGGCGAAGUAUAUCGUGGAAAGCUAGUAGACAGCGAAGAAAAUAUGAACGUGCAGCUUAGAGACGUUACUGCUACAGCGAGAGAUGGGAGCGUGACGAGAAUGGAUCACAUAUUUGUACGUGGAUCGCAUAUCCGAUUUUUCGUGGUACCGGAUAUCCUCAAGAACGCUCCAAUGUUCAAACAGGGUCCAUCGUCGAGACCCCCUCCGCCAAUUCGCGGGCCUAAGAGAAAGUAG